AACUUCGAAGCCGCAACAUGGCAAGCACUUUCUUCAGUAUGGCCGGACGUCGAAAAGCAGGGAUGCUCUUUCCACUUCACUCAGGCCAUCAUGAAGAAUGUGCGCCACAAUAAUUUGGCUCGCCAAUACAACAAGGACGCUGGAACAAGAGACCUGAUAAAGCAUGUCAUGGCGCUGUGCUAUAUACCUACUAUGUUUAUCACGCCCAGGUUCAAAUCACUGAAAGAAAAGAUGCAUACUCAAGAUCUCAAGAACUUCGCCGAAUAUUUUCAAAACACUAGGUUAUACAACAGUGUCUGGACUCCCAAGGAUUGGUCAGUAUUCGACGUAGAAAUAAGAACCAACAAUCAUCUGGAAGGUUGGCACCGCCAUUUUAACAGUAUAACUCGGAAAAAUAUGCCAUUUUACAGUUUAAUCUCAACAAUGUACGACGUAAGUAUAGGGAUAGAGGCGGACGUUGUGGAUAUUUUGGAAGAGAAUGUUGUGGGGCGUGUCAACGGCAGGCAUGCGGAAGCCAACGAGAGAGUGCAACAUGUUUGGGAACAGUUUAAGGAAGGAGAGUUAUCUGUGGACUCUCUUCUUCGGAGGUGUUCAAGGAUCUACGGGCCGCAGUAUUGCAAAGAGUAAGUAUGUAACGCAGCAAAUUUCCCAUA